AUGACAUCCGUCUAUAUUGACGAAGACGUCGGCAGAGACGAUUCGACAGCGACCGGGUCUGAAUCAGCCCCUUACAAGACGCUCCUUCAUGCCCUCCUGCAGCAAAGCCCUAGCGAUGGCACCCAAUAUUUGACACGCAAAUCCCAAACUGAGCCCACGGGUGAGGGUGCUGAUCCUGCGUCCAAACUGGAGUGGAAGCCCGCUACCAAGUCGGCAAUGAAGAAGGCCACCAAUCUCUAUGAGCAACGAAAAAGAAAAGCAGCCAAGGAACAGGAGCUGGCCAUUCGCGAGAAGCAGGAAGCAGAGAAGCGUCAGGCUGUUCUGGAGGAUGCCAAGAAGAUUGUCAUCAAGGAGGAUCCUUCUCUUCCCAAGCCAGUCAAGAUCCGUCUUGAUGUGACCGACCCGGCCAUCGUUACCUUGGGCAAGCCCGAGUCAGAUACCCCAGGAACCAGAGUCCGUGUCUUGGGCCGAGUUCAUCGUCUGCGUGCGCAGAAAGAUGUAGUUUUCCUCACAUUGACCGACGGCUAUGGCUACCUACAGUGCAUUUUGACCGGUGAUCUGGCUAAGACCUACGAUAUCAUGACUCUCACACCCCAAACCUCCAUGGCAAUCCACGGUGAGAUACGUGCGGUUCCUCCCAAACAGCACGCGCCCAACGACCGUGAACUCCAUGCGGACUUUUUCACUGUCAUCGGUCGUGCGGCCGGCGACAAGGACGCUAUCACCACCCGAGUUGCUCCGGAUGCGGAUCCCCAAACCCUCUAUGACAACCGGCACCUGGUUCUUCGUGGAGAAACCGUCUCGUCUGUCAUGAAGGUGCGCGCUACCACAUUGAAGGCAUUCCGUAAGGCCUUCGAGGAGAACCGCCUGCUGGAGGUGACCCCACCAGCCAUGGUGCAGACGCAGGUCGAAGGUGGCAGCACCCUGUUCAAGUUUGACUACUACGGGGAGGACUCCUACCUGACCCAGUCGUCUCAGCUGUAUUUGGAAACUUGCCUUCCCUCCCUAGGAGAUGUCUUCUGCGUGUGCCCGUCCUUCCGCGCUGAGAAGUCCCUCACCCGUCGUCACCUGUCUGAGUACACGCACAUUGAGGCGGAGCUCGAUUUCAUCUCCUUCACCGACCUGCUCGACCAUAUCGAGGAGGUGAUUUGCCGUGUUAUCGACGUGAUGAUGGCUGAACCCGAAAUCGCCGGCUACGUCCAGAAGCUCAACCCAGAUUUCAAGGCUCCCAGCCGCCCCUUCCUCCGGAUGAAAUACUCCGACGCCAUCCAAUGGCUGCGCGAGCACGAUAUCCCCAACGAGGAGGGCAAGCCGCACGAAUUUGGUGACGACAUCGCCGAGGCCGCGGAGCGCAAGAUGACCGACAUCAUCAACCAGCCUAUCUUCCUUACCCACUUCCCCGCCGAGAUCAAGGCCUUCUACAUGAAGAAGGACCCUGAAGAUCGUCGGGUCACUGAAAGUGUGGAUGUGCUCAUGCCCGGUGUCGGCGAGAUCGUUGGAGGUAGUAUGAGAAUGGACGACUGGGACGAGCUGAUGGCCGCCUAUAAGCACGAGGGUAUGGAUCCCUCUCCAUACUACUGGUAUACCGACCAGCGGAAGUAA